GCCAGAAAACAAACGAAAAGAUCUCACCAUUGAAAAGGUUAAAGGUGAAAGCUUUUCCCAAUUAUGGAAGACCCAGCAAAACUGAGGAAGAAAACAAAGACCAAGCUUUGUUUCCUCUCUCUCAGACUAAAUGAAUAGUUCUGGUUCAAACAUAAAUCCAGAAGCAAAAAAAUGUCUUCUUUGGAUGGCCUGGUAGUUACUGUUUCAUUGUGUCUGUGUUUUCUGGUAGCUCUGAUCUUCAAGAUCUUUCACAAAAUAUGGUGGACUCCGAUUCGCGUACAGAAACUGAUGGCUUCACAGGGAAUCAGAGGACCUCCUUACAGACUUAUCGAUGGAAACGCCAAAGAAGUCUCCAACAUGGGCAAGGAAGUCAUGAGCAGGCCCUUGGAUCUGUCACACAACAUAUUUCCAGUAGUUCUACCUCAUAUUCAUGCAUGGACCAAAAUCUAUGGGAAGAAUUAUCUUCAGUGGCAUGGUACUCUACCUCAGUUGGUGGUGACGGAAGCUGAGUUGUGCAAGGAGAUAUUCACUAACAAAGAUGGAGUUUAUCUGAAACCCAAGUUCAGACCUUAUGCAAAGAAGGUAUUUGGGAAUGGCCUUCCGGCAUUAGAAGGUGAGAAAUGGGCGAAAUCGCGAAGGCUGGCCAACCAUGCCUUCCAUGGAGAGAGCUUAAAAAAUAUGAUUCCAGACAUGAUAGCUAGUGCCGAGACAAUGCUAGACAGGUGGAAAAGCCAUGAAGAAGGGAAAGAAAUGGAAGUGUAUGAAGAAUUUAGAUUAUUAACUUCAGAAGUGAUUUCUAGGACAGCAUUUGGCAGCAGCUAUGUAGAAGGGAAGAACAUUUUUGAUAUGUUGAUGAAGUUUAGCUUAUUGCUCAAAAAUGAUUACAUACUCAAGUUUCCAGGCAUCAGCAAGCUUUUUAAAACCAACGAUGAUAUCAAAUCAGAGAAGCUUGCGCAAGGAAUACGUGACUCCAUAAUGGGGAUCAUUAAGAAAAGAGAAGAGAAGGCAAUGAGUGGGGAAGAAGAGAGAUUUGGGAGUGAUUUUCUUGGUUUACUAUUGAAGGCUCAUCAUGAUACCAAUGACAUUCAGAGGAUUUCGGUGGAUGAUUUGGUUGAUGAGUGCAAGUCAUUUUACUUGGUUGGACAAGAGACCAGUAAUACUUUGCUUUCCUGGACUGUCUUGCUUUUGGCACUCCAUACUGAUUGGCAAGAGAAAGCAAGAAUGGAAGUCCUACAAUUAUUUGGGAAACAGGCUCCGAAUCCUGAUGGCCUUGCCAAAUUGAAGACCAUGAGUAUGAUCUUCAAUGAGUCCCUAAGGCUAUAUUCUCCAGCUGUUACCGUCACAAGGAGAGUUGAAAAGGAUGUUAGACUCGGAAAGCUCAUUGUUCCUGCUAAUUUUGAGUUGAUUGUCCCAUAUCUGGCGCUUCACCACGAGCCUCAGUCAUGGGGACAAGACGCCCAACUUUUCAAACCAGAGCGAUUCUUUGAAGGAGUUGCUAAAGCUACUAACAACAACUUAACUUCAUUUAUGCCCUUUGGAAUGGGACCUAGAAUUUGUGUGGGCCUCAACUUCGCCACCGUUGAAGCCAAGAUUGCUCUAUCAAUGAUUCUACAGCGCUACUCCUUUACCCUUUCCCCAGGUUAUGUUCACUCACCCUUAAGGAGUGUGACACUUCGCCCACAGCAUGGGGUUCAAGUAAUGCUACACUCAUUGUGAACAAUGAGGACUGAAGACUACGAUUCCUAGUAAAUCUUGGUGUAUUUUAUUUGCUAGCUAGCUCGUAAAGCUGUAACUGAUUAAACAUUUGUCAAAAAUAAAAAUAAUGCUUAAACAUUUCAGGCGUUGACAAAUUUGCCGGGGUGAAAUUCCAUUUCAUUUUUUUAUGUC